UGGGCGAGGCUUCAUUUUACUCUUACCACAUUUUUCGCCGGCGAUUCGAAGGCCAUAGAGGAAGAAGAUGCCGCCGAAGCACGAUAGCGCUGAAGGCAUUGUUCUCGGCUUCGUGAACGAGCAAAAUAGACCACUGAAUUCCCAAAAUGUUGCUGAUGCUCUGCAAAAGUAUAACCUCAAAAAGUCUGCAAUCCAAAAAGCUUUGGAUACACUUGCUGACAGUGGGCAGAUUUCAUUUAAAGAGUAUGGCAAGCAGAAGAUUUACCUUGCUCGGCAAGAUCAGUUCAAGAUACCCAGUAAUCCGGAGCUCGACCAGAUGAAGAAGGAAAAUUGCCAAUUACAAGAGCAGAUUGAUGUCCAAAAGAAGGCUAGAACUGAGAUUGAGGCUGAAAUUCGAUCUCUGCAAUCAAAUUUGACACUGGAGGAAAUACGGUCAAAACAGUCAAUGCUGCAAACAGAGGUUAAUGAAAUGGAAGCAAAGCUGAAGAAAUUGCGGGAUGGAGUAAUUUUAGUGAAACCAGAAGAGAAAAAAGUUAUUGAACAAACAUUCAGUGAAAAGAUGAACCAUUGGAGGAAGCGGAAGAGGAUUUUUAAAGAUUUGUGGGAUGCCAUAACAGAGAAUUCACCAAAGGAUGCCAAAGAAUUCAAGGAGGAGCUCGGCCUUGAAUAUGAUGAAGAUGUUGGAGUUAGCCUGCAAUCCUAUAGUGAACUGAUGAAUGCCAAUAAGAAAAGAAGAACUGCACAAUGAGUUAUCCUGCAAUCCUUUUAAAUUUAGAUUUGUAAAGGUAUUUUAAAGCCAAUCUCUUCCAAUGCAUGUAUUUUCCCAAACAGUAAUUGAUCAAAGUUUCACACUUAUGUGGACCUG